UUGAAACUGUGAGCAGGUGAGACUGGUCUGACACCAGACUCGUCUUUUUGGACAGUUUGUGCGCAAAAACAUCAAGUGGCGUUAAUCACUGAUGGGCUGUGCAGCCGCCCGCCGCAUGCAUGCGAGUGAUGGUUUUAGGGCUUUCUGCCUCGGGUGCAUGAGCGCGCACGCCGCAAUUGUUGAUGGGCGCGCGGAAAAUGAUGAUGAGAGCGUGACCUCACCGCUUUCUGCACAGCUGCUGGAGUGAAGAGGAGGAGGAGGCAGUGAGAAACAGAAACACGCUGAGAGAAACAGACGGAGACCCAGAACAGCGGAGAGCACUCAAAACACACCAGGAGCUGCGUAUUGGCAAAAAAGGGGGCUGGACAACAUCGAAGUGAGUCCGUGGGCACCUUCCACACCACCCGGGUUCACCUCCCAGAAUGUUCUGUUUUCCCCAGAAAAAGUCCCUGCGGUGCAUCCACGCACACUGAAGCCCAGAUGCUCACCCUCUCCGCCGACAUGGACGACUCUUCGUCGCUACUGGAUCUGCUGGAGUGCUCGGUGUGCCUGGAGCGCCUGGACACCACGGCCAAGGUGCUGCCGUGCCAGCACACCUUCUGCCGCCGUUGCCUGGAGAACAUCGUCAGCUCCAGGAACGAGCUCCGCUGCCCGGAGUGCCGCAUCCUGGUGGACUGCGGGGUGGACGACCUGCCAGCCAACAUCCUUCUGGUUCGCCUUCUGGACGGGAUCAAGCAGCGGCCGCAGCGAGGGAGCCCAGGAGGAGGAGGUGGCCGGCAGUCUCUAGCCGGAGGUUCGCUGCAGGGGUACGCUGCCGGGAUAUCCGCCUCCCCUCCGGGAACUGCAAUUAGAGAGCUGCCCGUGGCCACCAGGAGCUCCCCUGUCAAGAAUAUCCCAGCACUGCCUUGCGGUAAAGCUCUCUAUUCAUAUGAAGGCAAGGAACCAGGCGACUUACAGUUUUCCAAGGGUGAUAUUAUCAUCCUGCGGCGAAAGGUGGAUGACAACUGGUACCAUGGGGAGCUUAAUGGUUGCCAUGGCUUCUUGCCAGCUAGCUACAUCCAGCUGCUGCGUCCCCUGAGUCAAACUCCACCUCAGGGCAAAGCUUUGUACGACUUUGAGGUCAAAGACAAAGACCAGGAUAAAGACUGCCUGGCCUUCAGCAAGGACGAGGUUCUGACAGUAAUCAGACGCGUAGAUGAGAACUGGGCAGAAGGCAUGCUGGGAGACAAGAUUGGCAUCUUCCCCAUUCUUUAUGUCGAGUUAAAUGAAACGGCGAAGCAGCUGAUGGAGAUUGACAAACCUAUGCCAGCGAAUGCACCAGGUCCCAGCUCUGAGCCAGCCCCCCUGGGUCCCUGCACUCCCGGUCCCUCCCCCACUGCCUCGCCGUCUAAUGGAAAUGGCUCUGGCCACAGGAGAGGCGAAGGGAAGAAAAACGCAAAGAAGCGGCAUUCUUUCUCCGCCCUCUCUGUCAGCCAGAGGGCUGCCCAGCUCAACAACAGACACAGCAUGGAGAUUUCGCACCCGGUCCUCAUCAGCUCCUCUGACCCCAGAGCAGCUGCUCGUAUUCAGGAUGCCUCUCCGCCAGGUCCCUCUCCAUCCUCAGUGGGGAUACCGCUUCCCCCCAAAGUGGCGUCUCUUACCUCUGAGCUGUUGGCUCAUGCCAAGGUGCAGCUGCCACUCAACAUAUAUUUAGCUCUAUACGCCUACAAGCCCCAGAAAGCUGACGAGCUGGAGCUAAGGAAGGGGGAGAUGUACCGAGUGACAGAGAAGUGUCAGGAUGGAUGGUUCAAAGGCACCUCACUAAGAACUGCCGCCUCUGGAGUCUUUCCAGGAAACUACGUCACUCCCGUGUCCAGGGCUCCAUUUGGACUUGUAUCUCCUCGAGGUUCGAGUAUGUCCAGUCCAGUUGGAGGAGGGGGAAGUGGGUGCAGUCAAGCGGUGGGUAAAAUCUCAGACCUUUCAUCCCCCGGAUCUCCAGGCCCUUCGUCGUCUCGUCCCGCCACUCCGCUUGUGACCUCAGCAAACUGCGUCAACAGUGUCAGCCCCGCGUCCUCGCCGCAAACUGCCGCCGCCCAGCUGAAGAACUGCCUGCGUUCCAGCCAGCAUGUGGCCAAUCAGGCCCGCACUUCAAUGCAGCUGGUCCAUAGUCCACCUGCUGGAAGUCCAGAGCGCCCCACUGUAUCCAUCUCCCCGCUGCGUCCUCAGAACUCCUCUCCCUCACGCUGCGCUGGCCAGUCGGGUCGUCCCCUCUCCAUGGUGUCUCCAGGACCCAGCUUAGGCCCCUCCCCGCUCUCCUCCCCGGCUUCACGGCCCAUCCUCCCCCUCUCCUCCCCUCUCUCCUGUCUCACACCUCCCAACGUCUCUGCCGUGUUUCUCAACGGUGAGCCGGCCAGUCCACUGCAGCCGCCUUCUCCUGGUCCCUCCCACACUCCCACCCAGGGUGCCCUAGCACCCAAAGUGGAGAAGGAGAGAAAAGCAGCAGGUUUGCUAAAGCUCUUGUCAGGGGCUGCAGCCAAAAAGAAACCACGCUCACCCCCGUCCUCUCCACCCACACACGACCCCUCGCAGGCAGGCCAUGGGGCCGGGGCCACAGAGCCAACCCACCACCCUCACCGCCUUCACCAUCACGGUCGCUCGGGCUCCUGUCCGAUGGCGUCACAGGGUCGAGCCGGCUCGUGCCCAAUCGAGAGUGAUAUGCCAGGGGCAAUAGGGCUGGAGCCGCUGCACAGGAAGUCCGGUUCCCUGGAUACCAACUUCCCCUUGUCACCCCCAGCAACACGUGCUGGCAGCGCUCUAAUGGUCCUCCGGCCUGAGCCCAAACCUUUAUCAAGAGAGAGGUAUCGCGUGGUCGUUUCUUACCCGCCUCAGAGUGAGGCGGAGAUUGAACUGCGGGAAGGGGACGUGGUGUUUGUUCAUAAGAAGAGGGAAGACGGGUGGUACAAAGGCACCCUGCAGAGGACGGGACAGACCGGCUUGUUUCCCGGCAGCUUCGUCGAGAGCUUCUAAGCCCCAAGAACGGGACAAAAGAGUUUAACCCUGUCUCUGAGUCACACACACAAAAAUAUUUUACACAAACACAAGCAGCACCUACAUGGAGGUUGGGCUGAUAUUGGUUUCACAGAUUCUUUUAUUUCUUUACUGGAUCAAAAUUCAUGAAAUUUUAUGUUUCAUUUUCUAACCUGCCUUAAGAAAUGAACUAUUCAACAGUGGAAGAAAAAAAAUUAUUCUACAUUUUCUGUUUUUAAACAUAUCAAGCAAUAUACAAGUUUUAAAUUAAUUCAUGUUUGAAGCAGCCACAAAUCACAGCUGCUGUCUACAAUUUUCUGAAAUCCAGAUUAGUCUGACCAAUUCACACACACUUCAGUAAGCACAUACAGCCCCUUACACAAUUAUUAGAACCCUUGGUAACAUGUAGAAAGUCUUAAAAUGAAUCUAUUUUUUACUGCAGCAGCAUAAUCUCACACUGAAAAAUGUACCUGAAUUAGAGCACAUUUAUUCAUUUUACUAAUCACACCAACUUGUGUAACAACCACAUCUACAGAUAGUUUGUAUAAAACUGCCCCCAAUGUUUCUUGAUGGUUAUUAGCUUGAUCUUUGCUGAAAAACAGUUUCUGUGCCUCUAUUACAAAUAUAACCUGAGUACCUGUUCAGUAAACUUAAAAUGUAACCUUUGAACAGUUAAAAAAAAAAUAAUAUAUAAAAUAUUGCUAAAUCAUCACAGAAAUAGUUAACCACUCUUUUUCUCCUAUCCCAGUCUCCAGACCAAAUAGGUUUUUUAUUUUACUGAAAGUUGUUGUUUUGUUUUUUUUCAGAAAAUUUUAUUGUGAGAUGAUCCUACUGCAACAAUAGAUAAAUUUAUUUAAAGGCUUAAUACACUUAUUUACGAGGGAUGCCAAUAAUUGUGGAGGUCACUGUAGGACAUGGCUUUAAACCAGCCCAGCCUCCUGGAUGGAGUUUACCUACAACUCGUGCUCCGAAGCUACUGAAGGCACAGACUCUAAGAGCACAGAACGAUGAGCCAUGCCUCCCAGAUCUCCUGUUUGGCGUUGUCCACCAGCAAACAUUAGCACAAAAAUUAUUAGCUCUGUUUUUCCACUGAGACCUCAGAACUUGAAUCCGGGUGCUUUCUUCGUUUGAGGAGUAAACAUUUACAGCCAGGCGAUGAGGGAAGUACUCAAGCCUGCACUCCAGGAUCUUUUUGUCUACUCUGUGACAGCGAGCACACGUUUGGUUUCAGCCCAGUAUAUGUUGACAAUGCAUGUAGCAUUAUUAUGUUUCUUUUUAUAUGUUGUAAUAGGUGUUUGUGUAGUCCUGCUGUGAUGAUCUGUCACAUUUUAUUUAAAGAAAAAAAGGCAGAAUUAGGACAUCCAUUUUUCUAUUUAUAUGUCUUACAUGACUGAGAAAAUAUUUAACUUUUAUUACUUUUUGGCUCUCAAACUUCAAUUUAAUUUGAACUAAGGCUUGUUGAAUGUAAAAAGAAACAGGAAGUUACAAAGAAAUAGGAAGUCACAACAAAAUCCUACUACAGGCAGUUUUUCUAAAGUUGUUUUUGAACUUUGGUAUGAGAAUAGACACAGAAGAAAUGCACUUGGUAAUAUUUGUUACAACUUGUCUCCAUACUUACAUAUACAGUAUUUGAACACGUCAAGACAUUUUUUUUUUACUACUGUGUUUUUAAGCAAGAUUUUUCUACAAGCAGGCACAAAGUAGUUGGGUACAACAACGAAGGCUUAAAUACUCUAAGUUAAACUUUCAACAUACUUGGAAACUCACCCCUAGAAUUAUUGAUAAUUGAAAAGUUAAUUUGUUUAGUGAUUAUUUUCAAAAAGGGAAACAAAUUGCACCAUAGAGAUUCAUUAAUUAUGGAAUGGUGUUUAUUGUUUAUGUUUAUUUUGACAUUAUUGGCUUACAAUAAUCACAAUACUGAAUAUGUUUUGACCUUUGGGGUGACUUCACCCUUUUCUAUCAGACAGUCAUUAACUCCCUCCACAAGGAGCCACAAAAGUUUGUUUCUCAAGAAGCUGGCAGUUCACAUAGUGCUGUCUCCAAGCAUAGUAAAGAAACUUAGAGUGCUAGAAAAAUAACUGCAAUAGAAAAUCAUAUUCUAAAGCCCAGAUUCUCAUGGAAGUAGCUUUUUAUAUUAGAGAUGGUUAACACACAAAUGUAAGCCUUCUAUGAUGAAUGUUAAUAUACUGUACAGUAAGAAUUAAUACCUGGUCUGACGCACUUCUGCAUUCAUUACUGUGUUGUGUGUCCUGGAGGUGAUCAGACUGUGAUUCUUCUAAGUUGUUAUAGGAGCUCUCACCAACAGCACAAACAUUAUUUAUGAACAUUAGGUCAGGUCCUUCCACUCAACUUUCUAUUUAAAUGUUUGGAUGCAGCAUUCUGUGAACACUCGUUUUCUUUAGGAAGGAGCUUUUGUGGCUUAACUCCCUGUGGAGGAUAUCACUGAAUAACUGUUAUCAUUGGUCUUGUGUAAUAUUCAAUAUUUUAAUAAACCUAAUUUGGAUUUUUUAUUAGUUUUAAGCCAUAAUAAUGAAAAGUAACGUGAAACAAAACAAUUAAAAAUAUUGAAAUGUCAGUUUAUCUGACAUGAGUCCAUAUAAUAUGACUUUUACCUCAACAAUAUUAAUGAUUCUCUAAUAUAUUGAAAUUCAUCCAUAGAACAGACCUUUUCUUGAAAAGGAAAGAAGGCACACAUGUUUCAACAUAAUGAGAGAAGAACCUGGAUCUUAUCUAGUUUCAUUUUAUUCAUAUUAAUCUUCUUCUUCCUGUUUGUGAAAGCACAGCAAACUGACUGUGAACAACAGACUGAGGUCAGCAGCCAAAUUGUUGGAUUUUGUUUAUUUUUAUUUUAGCCGAAGCACAAACAGCUAUCAGACAAAUGCACAAGUAGAAAGCUUUUUUUUUUUUGGACAAAAUAAGCACACGGGGAUCUAACUUACACUAUCCAGAUCAGCAGAUUGGUUUAUAUUGCAUAGAAAGUUGAAAGAAAGUGACCUUUGGCUGUUGUUAUUUUUUUAUAUACAUAUUCCAGCAUUUUUAGGAUAUUUUAAGUGUUUUGUGUGUUAUUUGUGAAAUGUUGUAGUACUGACCAAACUUUAAAGACUUUUUUGUUGUAUUUUUUUUAUUAUUUAUAAUUUUUUUCAAAGCACAUAUUUCAACUUGAGUCCUCCGUUUAAGCUGUUGCUUCCACUCGCUUUAUCAAUAGAUACUUUCUAGUAAGUUAACUUUAAGCUUCAUGUAUGUGACUUUUAGUCACCUGAUGUAUCUGUUUCACUUGUAAACAGAUUUAACAAAUGUAUUAGAUCAGUUAAAUUAUUGUCAGUUCUGCUUACUGUCUUCAGCACAUCCAAAAUUUUAAUUUAAACUUUUCGUCCAAAACUUUCCAAGGAAUAUUUGUAUUUUUUCCAGACGCACUAAAGAGCAGGUGUACUAAAACACAGCGUCCUUGAAAUCUUCACAAUAAGAGCCUUAAACCUGCAUUCUUAUCUUGUCGCAUAAAGUUAAUAAAAAUACCCUACAGGCUGUGUGCUAAAAUCUACACAUAAUUAUUAUGAUAAAGUUUUUCACAAUAUAAAGUUCUUGUUUACAUUACUGUUACCUUGCAUGAGACAUGACAAUGUGACUUUUAAUGUGUUUGUGAAGGAUUUGUGAAACAUUUGGGUGCUCCUGAAUGUUGCCGAUGGUGAUGCAUGUGGCUAAUUGUUAGGUGCACAUGCAAGCGCAGUUUAGAAGGCUAGACUUUGGCUCUGACUUUGUAUCGAACAAAUUCAUAAAUGCUGAAACCAACCAACCAACAGGACAUGGACAAGACAUACAAAAGCAAGCACAAAGCAAAAACAGCACCGAUAAAGAAAAAUCCUAAGCUAAAAGAACAUUUUUAAAAAUGAAAGCUAAUUGACUGGAAUCCACAGGAAAAUUAUUCAUCUAGAUGUUCCCAUGCAGGGAAUCCUCAGAGGAAAACAGAAUUAUUCUUAAGAUUAAAUUAUUUUUCCUGCAACUAGGCGUGGGCUGCUUAUGGUCAAGGUAUGCCAAUGUUUUCAAAAAGGAUAAAAAUGUUAAUAAAAUUUUAUCCACGUGUCUAUCCAUUAUAUUCCACUAAGCAAAGAUCAGGUCGCAGAGAUAACAGGCCCACAAGGGAAACCCAGACAUCUCUUGACCUACAGACACUCUCCAGGUCCCUCCUGGCACCCCAAGGCAUUCCGGCCCAGGGAUAUGUAGAGUAUGUAGUCCAUGCAGGGAGUCUGGGUUAUGCUCUGGGUACUCAUUACAUAUCCCAGUGGUUUGUCCUUAAAAGCCUCCAAACAGAGACACCCAGGAGACAUCAUGGUACAAUAAUCAAGCCACCUGAGCUGACUCCUUUCAAUGCAGAGGACCAGCGUCUGUCCUAACAGCACUCUUUCACCGUAUCUCUAAGCUUGAGAGAUAGGGUGUUUAGUCACUUAGUCCCAGGAAGAUCAUUUCAGCAGCUUCUGUGUAGAAUGUUUUUCUGUCGGUCAUGAUCCACCUCUCAUGACAAUGGGAAGCAUAAAUAGUCUGAGCACUUCCCUUUUUGACUCAGCGAUUUCUCCAACCCAACAGACCACAGAAUUGCCUGCAUUACUGCACACGAGGUCAAAAUCUGUCUAUCCCUCUUACAAUCCAUCCUGCCAUAAUUUAUGAACAAGAUUUUUUAUUUAUUUUUUUUUUUAAAGCAUAUUAAAUGUUCAUUUGGUGCAAAGCUAUGCUAAUAAGGUGCCAGAAAAUGCUUUGAAGGGAACAAAGUUUUCUCUGGCUGUAUGGAGCACAGAUGAAUGCAGACUCUUACAGUUUCCCAUCGCUUACAAAAAAUGCUAAUUCUUCAUUUCUUGAAAUAUUCCUUGUCCCAGAAUCAUGAACAGUCAUCGUAUGAAAACUAAAAGAGCUGCACCUUGUUUUACUGUUAGUAAGCUAGGAGUGGUCCAAAAGGCCUGAUCAGAUAGCCUGAAUAACUUACCAGCAAAUUUAACUGAAGUGCACAAUUUCAAAACAUUAUAUAUUAUCCAAUUGAUAUUCUCAAUAAAUAAACAGUAUUAUAUGUUUAAUCUUACUUUAAUACUACAAUAGCAGCAGUAAGAACCUUUGUUUUGUAGGUUUCAAAGAAAAGCCAUUCAACCAUGUUGAUACAUUCUUGUCUGUUGUGUGUUAACAUUGCAGUAUUGUUACUGAAGGUUUCAUACUUCAGUAUGAACCUGGUACCGGCUCAUCCCUAUGUGCAACAGGUCCCAGCUCGCGUGUAUCUGGACUGCAUUCAACUUUCAGAUUUGGCAUUGAAUUUAUCCACUGUUAAAUUAAGGUUAAUAUGUUUUUAUUGCUUUAGCUCAAAUUUGUUCUCUGUAUGAGUGUAAGUAGGGCUUUUUUGUUCAGUGAGUAAAAAGGUGCCUAUUUAUCUCCAUGAAAUGAGCAAAGAGGGAGUCACUAUGAAACUUUUGAGUAUCAGUUCUUGGAAAAGUCGGACUUAACAUGUUCCCAUUGGCCUUUGAAACCUGUCAGUCAAACCUUAGUGCCUACAAAUGUCACACAAAUGGCGUUUAUUCUAGGCAGACCAGUGCCCUCUUUCCAUGCUUCUUUGUAUAUAAGUGUCAGUAAGGCGAGCCUGCGGGUUAAUUUGUAGUCCUCUCUGUUUUGUUGGGGCCCGAUGACAGCAACCAGCAGAUCCCAAAACAGCUCUGCACUGGUCUCACGUGGGCUUUUCUUUGUCUCUUUGUGGGCUUGUUGACUCAAGAACUCAAAUAUAUAUUAUUUCCAAUUUUUAAAAAAACACAAAAAAACAGCCUCUUAUUUGUGUUGGAGAUCAUUGAAUCUCAGAAGUGUGUUUUAUUUUUAUUUCCGUUGGGGUCAAUUUUCUUUGGGGGGGAAAAAAAAACAAAACGUUUACAGCUGUCAAAAUGUCAGGAAUAAAACCACUGCACAGUGGUCACUUUAGAUAUAACUUGAAGCGCCAGUUUUUCAAAAGUUUUUUUUUUGUGUGUGUGUGUGUGUAUAUGUUUGUAUUUUAAUUAUGUGAUCUAAGGUUGUCAUUCACCUCAGCUUCCUGGUUGUAUAAAUGAACUAGCUGGAAAAUUGCAGUGAGGGCUUCAGAAAUGAAAUUAAACAGUGAAGAGUUAUGGUCAUUCUUUUGAGGUGUAAGCAAUUUUUGGCUUGACUGAGGCAUAAUUCUAGCACUCAUUGUCUUGGAGCACUAUUCACACCCCUGAAAUCUCAAACAAACAUUGUAUUUUAUUGAGAUUGGAUGUGAUGGAUCAAGAUAAAGUAAUACAAAUACAUGGCACAUUCUGCUGAUUUGUAUUUGCCCACAGCCUAUGAAUCCUUACUUUUGUAGAACCACCAUUGGCUAUAAUUACAGCAGCAACACCUUUCUGAUUUAUAUUUGUAAAAACUAUUUAUCAUUAGCCUUCAACUUCAUAAUCAUGUACAAUUUUGUCUGGAUGUAUCACAAAAAAAUCCCAAUAAGGAACGGAAAUGUUUGUGGUUGUGGGAACCUGAACACAUUUUCUGAUAAUCAUUUUUGAGCCCAAACGCUUUUUGUGACGCUGUCAAGUUAUCUACCAGGAAGCUUGAGUUCCCGAUCUGCCAUUUUGUAUUAAAUGCCAUAUUUGUUCUUACAGAUACUUGAGAGAACCUGUGCGUGUGUGUGAAUGCAAAACGGGAGGACAGAGGCUUCUGUAUGUAGCUCUUUACACUAAAAAGGAACUCUAUGACAAAGCGUGGUGCAACAUGGACGCUCAUGCCUCUUCAGGACUGACUCGUGGUGAAAACUGUUGGUACUGUGGGUGAAACAGAGAGAACAAAAAAAAAAGAUUAUAUAUAGAUAUAUAAUUCUAUAUUGUCCAGAAUAUUUAUAGGCCUUUUGUGCCAUUGCAGUCAUGCUCUGGACUGGUACCGUCCAGCGCUUUCUACCAUGUGAUCAUUAUACAUCGUCUUGUACUGAUGACCCGUGGUUGAUAUGAUUGUUUUUUCAUGUCAAGUGCAUUUUUUGCAAUAAAUGCCUUUGUUUUCAAAUUUA